AUGGACCCGUUUCAAGAUAAUGGACAUAAACAUAACAAACAACAACAACAACAACAAUUAAUCAAUGACGACGACGAUGUAGAGAAUGGCGAAGAAGAUGAUGUUGUGAUAUGUGGAGAGAAUCUACAGGCUGCAAUCAAAGUGUUAAUAUCUGCUCAUUCAAAAGAUGUAUUAAAGAUUGAGCGAGAGUUUCAAAGACAGAAGAAUAUAUGGAGCGAAGAGAAGACAAAACUGAUACAAUAUACAAAGAGACUGAAAGAGAAGAAUAGGUUACUUAUUCAAAUCAUUAAGGAGCAUGGAUUACAACAACAACAAGGCCAUGAUGUUGUAGUUGUUGAUGAUACAUUAUCACAUCCUCCUGCUCAACAACAACAAUGCACAGUAAUAUCAUCUACGACAAUGACAACCAAAACAACAACAUCAUCAAUGACAUCAUCAACCAAAAGUGUAGACGAGGAGGAGGAACAAGACGAGAUGAAUGAAGAAGGAAGUGAAGGUAGUGAUGAUGGAUUCUCUGACUUUAGACCAAAGAGAAAUUCCCUUAAGAAAGGUGAAGACCAAGGCAGCAGCACCACCGAUAACAAACAAAAGAAUAAGAAGAGAAAGAGUAGUGAGCCAUCCAACGAGGUGAAUGAUGACCUGGAUUUACCAUUGGUGAACGAUCGACAUCUCGAGGAAGAGGAGGAGUUGCGACUGCUUCAAAGUUCACAACCUGGAAAGAAAACACCAAUGAUGGCCAACAAGUAUGGUGACAAUGGGGCGAGUAGGAUCGUAUCCCCAACACCAUCAACUGGCUCAUCCAACGGCAAUCAGAAGAAAUACAAGUAUCGCGAGGUAGUUCGUAACAAAGCCGAACGAGAGAAACUGAAAGGUUUUGAAUGUGAUCAUUGUAAAGAGUUCUACAAAGCAGUACUUGGUGACGACUUUGACCAAAAGAUGUUAUUGCUCAAUCAAUGCUCGAGACAUAGACAACAAGACGAGACUCCUCCAACUCCACCUGGAUAUUGGGACUUCAACUUUGGAGACGAAUCAGAUAAUGAUGAACAGAAGCAUCAACAGCAGACACAGCCACAGCCACAUCAUAAUAUUAUCGAUUCGUCUUUCUAA